AAGAGAUUUCGUCUACUUCAUCUGAUAACACUUCAAAUUCUUAUGAACUUAAUAAUGAUCCAAAUUUUGAUGUAUCCGAUAACACUUUUUCAGAGACUAAAUCUUUUAAAAAUAGGGAGAUCGAAUUUCUGGAACGGAUACAUAAAGAAUCUGUUAGCAAUGAAAUAAGAGAGAGAAAUCGGAAAAAGAAGCUUCAAGCCCAAAAUUCUAUAUCAUAUGAUAAAGAUAAUUCAUCAUGUGAUAUAAAAACCGUUUCCCAGGGAAACGAUCGUGAUAAUUCAUCAUGUGAUAUAAAAACCGUUUCCCAGGGAAACGAUCGUGAUAAUAUUGAAAGUAGUGUAGAUAUUGCUUCCCAAAUAAGCAUUCAGCAAAAAACUAUUCCGAAUACUCCUUUACCAGCAGAAGAUCUUGACGAUUCAGAUGAAAUUGAGCUGGCUAAAAAUCAGAAUAUAGAACUGGGUUUAAUACAAGAUUUACGGAGUGGUAGUACUAUUGCUUCACCUACCGAAGAUAGCGAACAAAAUUCAUCUAUGGAAUCAUUUCAAAUUACAACACAAAGCUUAAUCUAUUUGUUUCGAAAUGCAAUACGAUCUGGGCAUGAAGAAAUUUUAUCUUGGACUCGUUAUUCAGAUAAUUUUGAAAGUAAAGUUGCUGAAAUUCGUCAUGAGACAGGGGUUACUGAUAAAACUGCAAGAACUCAAAUAUACAAAGAAAUGUUAAAACAUCUAUCUGGCGUUACACCGGUUGCCUUGCGAAUUAAAACUCUUAGAGCCAAAAAAAUUCGUAAGUUAUUUGGAGAAAAUGGAGUUGGAAUGGAUAAAAUAAAGUACGUCACCUGCACUGCAAAUGAUAUUUCGAAACUGACCAAUGCUCAAAUUCAAAACAUUAUAAAUCAAGUGAACUCGAAAAGUGUCUUAUCACAAAAUAAACAAAGUCAUAUGAUUUCAAAAACCGUUUCCCAAGGAAACGAUCGUGAUAAUUCAUCUGAGGUAAAUACUUUGGCUAAGUCGUUAACCUCUAGCCCUUCUAGCUCGAAAAAAUUACCAGAUGUGAAGGUAAGUGUACCACCAAUGCCUCGAUCCAAAAAGAAUAUACCAGUUAUUCCAUAUGAUGCUCGUGCCACCUACAUUAAUACAAUAUUGAAGCAGUAUCCUUAUCUAUCCUUACGUCAUAGUGAUGAAUUUAAUGAUUGCUACGAAUUCAAUGACUCAGGGGUAUGCCCAGGAUGUGAGCAAGAGCAUAGUAAAGGGCAUGUAUUUGGUAUAGCUGGUCAAUGCACAAAUGGUUCUUACUAUAUUAAAUGCCGGAACUCGCCCCAUGAAAAAGAAAUCAAG